UGCUCGUGGUGGAAUAGCACAGAAGCGCGACCAGGCUCUCUUUGCGUCUAUUAACACAGUAUUUUAAAUUUUUUCAUAAGCGCCUUCGGAGGUUUGAAUGAAUCUCGCGCCGCGCAUUUUUUUCUCGAUUUCAUUUUGUUUUCGCGCUCACCGGGACCGCUGGGGAGUGAAGUGUUGACCACCACGGACAUAGGUAGUUGGUGCGGAAGUGUUUUUUUUUUGGAUUACUGUUUUUGGAUUUGCUUUUGUGGCUAGAAAAAAAAAACUCGAAGACCAGAUUCGUCCAAGAUUGUACAAGCAAUGAGAUCCCUUGAAGUGAACGAACCUCUGACUGCUCCGAUGGACGAAAACGACGACAUAUUCGGUCCUCCUCGCGUUUACUCAGCGAGUUCGUUUGCUCCGAAAAAUCGACCCUCUAUGAUCUCGGCCAAGUACAAACAGAAGGAGGAGCGACGCAAGGUGCUCAAAAUCAGCCUAAAUAAGCUCAACAAAAUCGAAGACCCGGAAGCAAGCCUGUGGCGGUCGGUCUUGAUCAACAACACCAUGAAACGGCUCCAGCAAGAAACCAGCGACGAGAACUUGCAGAAGCAGCAGCUCAACUAUCCCCGUUGCUACGACAACGAUCAUUAUUUGAACAUUAAAACGGAGUUUUUGCGAAACGAGAGGGCCCACGACGAGCAGGAGAACGAGAAGGUACUCGAAAUGUUGAUCGAGAACGAUUUCGAUACGAAGCUGGAGGAGGAGAUCAAGAGCGUGAGCAUCAAGAAUAUCGACAUACUCGAUAACUUGGUCGACAGCAAUUCGACCAGCAAUUUUUCUUCGGUCUCUGAAAAAUCGUCGCCCCUCAGAAAGCGUUCGUUCGACGACAUGGACGACAACGACAGUCAGGACGCCCUUUCCCAAUUCUACAUGCCCCCUACGCCGAGGAUGCUAACCGGCAUCGACGAUGACGAAGACGUCAACAUUGUCGACGAGGAUCCCCUGAUCAAAAGACUCAAAAUGGACGAAUCCUCUGCCCAAAGCGAAACGUCGAAAAGUUUCUCCGAUUACAGUGUUGCCAGUUUUAUAAACAACAAUAUAUCGCCUUCGAGGUACUUGGGCGGGAGCCAAUGCUUGCUAGACGAGUCCAGCACCAAUUCGUACAGUUGUGGCCACGCCUCCAUGUUCUGCGAGCUUCAGAGCAACGUUUAUCACAACCUGAUCGCUUCUUUAGAGACGUAACGUUGUCAACGCAGCAUGUGAGCAACGAUAUGGGGCUUUCAAUUUCUCAUGUGAUAUAAACGGUACGGUUAGGUUGGCUGCUUUGAUAUAAGAUUUAUGCUACCCCACUCAGCCGAACUAUUUCUUUUCGAUUAUCCGCGUCCAUGGAGAAAAUUAAUUAAAAAAAUCGAGUCGUAUAUGUUCCCCGGUAAAUAUCUAUUUUUCUGACUUUGGGUGGCGGGAAGUUUGAAUCAGGGAAGUCUUUGAAUUUUGAACAUAAGUAAUAAAACCGCAAUGUUUCGUAAUUAAUGUCGCAUUAUGUCAAAAAUAGAAGAUAUAAUACUCAACAGAAAGCAAAAUCAAACAGCGAAGCUCCUAUUAGAGGUUGCUUAUGCUUUAUUAUAACAACAUGGUCUUACAUUUUUUCCUUUCCAAUUUCCAAAGCUAAGCAAAUACCAAAAACAAAUACCUAUUAUAUUAUUUCAAUUAUUUUAAUAUAAUUUUUAAAUAAUGAAAGCCCCUUUACCCAUUUUAUUUAACUCUACAAUACCUGAGUUGUUCCAAGCUGUGAUUCGUUUUUCACCAAUACGACUUAAACUUGACAGGUACAAACAUAAAAACACCCAGCAUAAAACAAAACACUAAUACUAUUCGCAAAUGUUCUGGAUUGCUGACGUUUCGCCAAUCACCCUGUUGGUUUCUUCAAAGCUUAACUAAAACUGGUUUGCAAUCUACUCUGUACCUGCAUAUAUACUGUUGAAGGGAGGCGGAGCUGAAGCUACCUUCCAUCAAUAUCCGAAUCAGUCAGACAAUGUCCAUGCCCUGCUUUAGCUCCGCUUUCCCCAAACAGUAUAUAAGCAGGUACAGAGUAGAAUACAAACCAGUUUCACUUAAGGUCCGAAGAAGCCAACAGGACGAUUGGUCAAACGUUAGCAAUAACCGACACAGGAGGAAUCCAGAAGAUUUGUGAAUAGUUUUAUGAUGAUGAUAUUUGAUAAUUGAUAUUUUGUUUUCCGGUUUUUUUGCGUCGAUCACGAUUUCAUUAUGAUCGCUAAAUACCCUCCGACGUUUUUCCUUUUUUGAUGAACUAUUCCAGCGGGCACAGAUAAACGCGCAAAGGCCCACAUAAGUGGUAACUCGAUUUGUUAAAAUUUGAGACGUCUCGAGUUGCCGCAUUUAGUUCGCCACUCUCGUUUUAUUAGUUUUUCUCUAUGGCUGCAACUUUUUUUUACGAUUCUCAAGAAAAGUCUGGAAAAUUGAGCCGCGCAGCACUGUCCGACUCGUCAGUUCCUAAUAAUAUCUUGGCAGUCGCGAUUUCGCUGCGCAAGUUCCUACUCAAUGGCGAUUGGUCGUUUCUCAGACAUCACGUCGGAAAAGAGUGGGGUUGUGUAAAGGAGCAUCGCGAUUUAAAGCAGUUUUCUUACAUUUUUAAUAGCUCUCUCUCUGCGGCAGCAAAAGUUGACAAUGGCGUCUCGCGCAAGCGCAGAUACGUAACUCGUGGUCCACGUAACAUUAAUCGCUCUUAGACCUGAUAAAUAGUAAGAUGUACAAAAUGAAGUUUCUUUUAAUUGACUUAAACUUCUUAAGCGUAAGACAUAUGUGUAUGUGUGUAUGACAUCUUUCAAUUUUUAUAUAUUUAUACCAAAUAAAGUUUAUCCCACCCUAUGCUAAAAAAGCAAAUUUUCAAGUGUUACAAUGUUUCGCGUUUUAAAAAUUUAUUCUUUUAAGUAGCCCCCUGAACAUUAAAAGACAAUUUGAACGACAUAUAAUAGUCGUGCUCUAAGGCGACUGUUUCGGAAUUACGUACCAUCUUUGUCACAAUUUAGCUUUAUGUGGCUGGUUAUAAAAAUAGUGAAGAGCAAAGUCUUAAAGUAUAAAAUACUAGUUUGGUGUUUUUGGCACUAAAAUAAAGUCAAUUAAUUAUUCAAAGAGCAUGAUGGCCAAUGAUUCUGGAAAGGUUAAUUUAUACCUUUAUUGACCAAAAAUAACCAUCAAAUAAUAUAAGCGGGAGUUCCAUAUAAAAAUCUUCCAAUUUGUUUUACUAGCAUAAGGCAGCACGAACUUGAAUCUUUUCAACGUUUUGGUAUGGUAUUUGUACAGUAUUUAAAAUGACAGCUGUUUCUACCUGGCCAGCCAGCGAAACUAAUUACCCUGUACAUCUACAUAAAAACCAUGGCCUUAAGAAGUUUUAUGUCAAUACAAUACAUUGUUUGUAUUAAACUUUUUUUUGUAGAUCUUACAAUUUCCCAGAUCGGAUGGUGUUGGGCCAUCUUAUUUAGACCCCACUGUACUUGCGACUCUAUCAGUGACAGUUUGUUAAUCAGUUUUAAUGUUUUGUCUCAUCUUUGAGGUCACCGCAAACGCCUUUUGUAUUAUAUUUGUUAAAGCGGCAAGUAAAAAAUCGUUCUCGUUUAUUGAAAAUCAAAAUGCAAUUAGCAUCGAUAGAAUGGCCUAUUAACACCGAUAGCGAUCGAAAAAUAUUAAUUGUAAUAGGUACGCAUCAUCGAUCGCUAUGAACGAUGGCCUAGGUAAAUUCGAACUUUUUUUUGUUUGUUUUUAAGUUUAUGUUGCUUCAUUGUCUUAAUAGUCCGUAUAGUUUCAUUGACCGUUUCUAGUAUUCUCCACGAUCUUACUCUAUUUCGUUUGUUUACCGGAAAAGUUUACCACGCACACACGUACACAUGGCGACUAUAAAUAGAGAGCAAUCAGGCUGUGAUACUUAAAUAAUUAAAGCGUACGUUAAUAGUUGAAAUAUAUAUUUCGGAGAGGUGACGUGAUCGCACUUUCUUCCGUAUUAAUGUUCAAAUAUGUCUCGUCGCGUCAUUCUAGCUAAUGUGAAAUUUCGAGGUUUUUCUACGUAGUGGCUUGAUUGGUAGCUGCGUGAAACGUAAUACGUAUAUCAGGGGGUCGCAAGGGUGCGGGGACGGGCCCGAUAAUUUUAAAAAAUCGACACAACAAAAAUACGUAAAAUAUUGUGAAGGGUUCGUCCCGCGCCGCUCAGGCCGUCUGUAAUUUUAUUGGUUCGCUUCCUCAAAUCGGAAGCCUAUUAUCAUAUGUGUGAGUGUUACUAAAUAGACAAUUUAAACGCGUUUUAUAGAAUUACUGAUAGGAUAAGUUUUAGCGUUUUCAAGCUUGUUUUAUUAAAUUCGCGAUUUUUUACAUUCGUAUGUGUAUUUUUUGACUUGCGAUUUCUGUAUUAUUAUUUUAUUGUUAAUAUUUGCUUUGUAUAGUUUUAUCAUUUCCUGCAAAAGGCGUAAAUCCUGUUACUCUGCCUUCUGUUUAGUUAAUUGUAUUUUUAUUUUAAUAUUUAAUAGUUUUCUCAAAUUUAAUUUAGUUGAAUCUUUGUAUUUAUUCACCGUUUAUUAUUGCUGUUACGUAAGCUUAUGAGCGUUACAUAUUAAUAAAUAUGUAGUCUUAUUUUUUGUAUAAAAUGUUUAUUGGUGUACCAAAUCAUGUAUAAUGUUACCACAUUCAGACUUGUCUCAUUGUAUAUUACCAUUUAUUGUAUAAAAUAUGCGUACAUGAAGGCAUCAUUCCAUUUGAGGAGUAUGCAAUAAAGU